CUAAGCUAAAAAACCAAUUCGGAUAGGAAAGAUAUUUUACGGCCAGCGUUUCAAUCCCCUCUCUCCACUUUAUCUCUACACUGAACAGUGAACACUCUUCGCGCUCUUCCAAGUUCCACCCUUAACCCCUAGGUAAGCCGCACCAAUCCCGGUUUAUUCAAUCCCCCAUUUAUUCAAUUCCAUUUGUAUCUUGGGAGAAGAAGGAAGCUAAACCGCCUAUCAAGACUCGCAUAUUAUAUGCACACAGAUAGAUAAGAUUGUCGAAUGAAGAUGGCUGUGACUUCUUUUAGCUCUAGCGUUUCAUUGUGUCCAUACAAGCUAUGGUAUCAGCCUCAUCUUAGACGACGUUUCGUUUCUUGCUCUGUGCGUAGUCCUUCUGUUAAAGGUUAUGCAGAUAUACGUGGUGCUAAGCUUCCACGUAAAAGGAAUGUAAAAGGUGAAGGUGUUGGAAAAAGUAUGGAAGAUGCUGUUCAACGAAAGAUGGAACAGUUUUAUGAAGGGUCUGAUGGCCCGCCUUUACGAAUCCUUCCCAUUGGGGGUUUAGGAGAAAUUGGGAUGAAUUGCAUGCUUGUUGGGUAUUAUGAUCGAUAUAUACUGAUUGAUGCUGGUGUAAUGUUCCCCGGCUACGAUGAGCUUGGUGUCGUGAAAAUUAUUCCUGAUACCACCUUCAUUGAAAAAUGGAGCCACAAAAUUGAAGCAGUUGUCAUAACUCAUGGACAUGAGGAUCACAUUGGUGCGCUGCCUUGGGUCAUUCCAGCUCUUGAUUCUGGUACACCAAUAUUUGCAUCAUCAUUCACGUUGGAGCUGAUCAAGAAACGGCUGAAGGAGUUCAGUAUUUUUGUUCCUUCAAGGCUUAAAGUAUUUAAAACAAGAAGAAGAUUUACUGCAGGACCAUUUGAGGUAGAACCUAUUAGGGUUACCCAUUCUAUCCCUGAUUGUUGUGGACUAGUUCUACGCUGUGAUGCGGGCACCAUUCUCCAUACAGGCGACUGGAAGAUAGAUGAAUCACCUUUAGAUGGGAACAUUUUUGAUCGUGAAGCUCUUGAGGAACUCUCAAAAGAAGGAGUUACUUUGAUGAUGAGUGAUUCGACAAAUGUCCUUUCGCCUGGAAGGACACUUAGUGAGACUGUUGUAGCUGACUCAUUGUUGAGACACAUUUCUGCUGCCACUGGGAGAAUCAUUGCUACUCAGUUUGCAUCAAAUAUCCAUCGCCUUGGAAGUAUGAAGGCCGCAGCUGAUUUGACUGGGAGAAAGCUGGUGUUUGUUGGCAUGUCCUUGAGGACAUACCUUGAUGCUGCGUGGAAAGCUGGGAAGGCACCGAUUGAUCCAUCAACUUUGGUGAAAGCAGAAGAUAUUGAUUCAUAUGCCCCAAAAGACUUGUUGAUUGUCACAACAGGCUCUCAAGUAAGUAAUAUUGAUGCUUUUUAUGCCUUUGCAAACUUCAUUCUUGUCUAUCUAAAUUUACUGCUCUGUCAGGCUGAACCACGUGCUGCAUUGAAUCUUGCAUCUUAUGGGAGUAGCCAUUCACUCAAAUUGAGCAAAGAGGAUUUGAUUCUUUACUCUGCUAAGGUGAUCCCUGGCAAUGAGACUCGGGUAAUGAAAAUGCUAAACCGUAUUUCUGAAAUAGGAUCAACAGUAAUCAUGGGCAAGAAUGAGCUGUUGCACACAUCUGGCCAUGGCCACCGUGAAGAAUUGGAAGAAGUGCUGAGAAUUGUGAAGCCGCAACAUUUUCUUCCAAUUCAUGGAGAACUCUUGUUCCUAAAGGAGCAUGAACUGCUUGGGAGGUCAACUGGCAUUCGGCACAGCACGGUUAUCAAGAAUGGAGAGAUGCUUGGUGUUUCACAUUUGAGGAACAGAAGAGUUCUAUCAAAUGGUUUUAUUUCCUUAGGAAAAGAGAAUUUACAGUUAAUGUAUAGUGAUGGUGACAAAGCAUUUGGAACAGCUGCUGAAUUGUGUGUUGAUGAGAGAAUGAGAAUUGCAUCAGAUGGUAUAAUAGUGGUCAGUAUGGAGAUUUUACGUCCUCAACCCACUGAUACUCUAUCUGAGAAAGUUAUAAAAGGAAAAAUAAGAAUCACCACACGUUGUCUAUGGCUUGAUAAAGGAAAACUUUUGGAUGCACUCCACAAAGCUGCACAUGCUGCACUCUCUAGCUGUCCUGUAAAUUGUCCUCUCCACCACAUUGAAAGAACUGUAUCUGAAGUUUUAAGGAAACUAGUGAGAAAAUAUAGUAGCAAAAGGCCUGAAGUUAUUGCAAUUGCUAUAGAAAAUCCUGUCAGUGUCCUAGCAGAUGAGAUCAAUGGUAAGCUAUCAGGAAAGUCACAUGUUGGUUCUGGAAUUUCUGUGCUAAGAAAAGCCAUCAAUGGAGAUCAGCAAAAGAGAUGGUCAAAUACAACACAAGCAGAAGAAGACAAUGUCCCAGAACAUCUGAUGAACAUUGCAUAUGAGGAAGAAAAAGGUACUGAUAUAGAUAUUGAAAGAGAUGCAUCUGAUGAAGAAACUACAAGCUCUAGCUUGUUGCAAGAUUGUUCUAACAAUGACCUUCCAUCAGAUGACUUUUGGAAACCAUUUGUAACAUCAUCAACCAUUCAUCCAUCAGAAGAAAAUGGUGAUGGUUCCCCUCUCCAAGAACAACUACAUGAUAGUUCUGACUUGUCAAAAUCUAAAUUGAAAUCUUCGAAGUCCAUGACAAGGAACAAGUGGAAACCUGAAGAGGUUAAGAAGUUGAUUAAAAUGCGUGGUGAACUGAAUAGCAAAUUCCAAGUUCUCAAGGGGAGAAUGGCUCUCUGGCAAGAGAUAUCUUCAAAUUUACUAUCUGACGGAAUCAGUCGAAGUCCUGGGCAAUGCAAAUCGCUGUGGGCAUCUCUUGUUUCAAAAUACGAGGAAAGUAAGAAGGAUAGAAAGAGCCAGGAAAAGUGGCCUUAUUUUAAGGAUAUGAAUAAUAUUUUGUCAGAUUUGGAGGCACCGGCAUCAAAAUGAUGAGGAAAUUAAAUGUUGGUAGAGCUGGGAAAUUUUGGGUGUAGAGCCAGACGAAAACCAUGUAAAGGUAAAGGAGAGUCCUGACCAGUGUGUUGGCAUGCAGUAUCUCUGCCAACUAGGUCGUGAUUUUACAUGUUGCCCACCGAACUGUUACUGAUGUGGUGAUAUUAUGGAUUCCACUCGGUGGACUGAUUGCCCGCUAUCAUGCUAAAAACAAAAAAGACAAAUGAUCACAAACUCGUCUUAUCAAGCAAUUCUUAUUUUUUUACCCAAAAGAAUCAUUUUAGAAAUCAUUGAUUGCCCAGUACAAGUUUUAAAAAAAUUCUAUUCUGCUAAUCGCCUAAUUGAAUACAUAAUCGUAUAAAUAUUCUCUUAAUUAAUUAGUUUGUAAUUUGCCCUAAUGGCGA